AUGUUAAGUUUAUUAAGUAAAAGUGCUUUAUCGUUUGUGCCUAUGACGAUACGUGGUUCUAGAUGUAUAGCUUCUCUUUCGUCUUUACCUGAUACGUACCAGAUGCUAUAUAAGACAUGCAGAGAUUUUGCAGAACAGGAAUUAAAGCCUAACGCAGCAAAGUACGAUCGUGGCCAUUUAUACCCUAAAGAUGCGAUUAAAAAAAUGGGUGAAUUAGGGCUCAUGGCGAUAGCUACACCCGAAGACAUAGGAGGUUCGGGAUUAGACUACCUUGCAUAUGCAAUAGCGUUAGAAGAAAUUUCCAGAGGAUGUGCUUCAGCUGGUGUGAUAAUGUCUGUAAAUAAUUCUUUGUAUCUUGGCCCUAUAGUUCAUUGGGGUAGUGAUAAACAAAAGAAAGAUUUUGUGACACCAUUUUGUUCUGGAGACACAAUUGGUUGCUUUGCUCUUUCUGAGCCUGGUAAUGGAUCAGACGCAGGUGCAGCAUCCACUACUGCGAAAGAUGGUGGUGAUAAGUGGGUUCUUAAUGGCACCAAGUGUUGGAUAACAAAUGGUUAUGAGAGCAAAGCAUCUGUAGUAUUUGCUACCACAGAUAAGAGUUUGAAACACAAGGGUAUAUCUGCAUUUAUUGUGCCUAAACCUAUAAAUGGAUUAGAAUUAGGAAAGAAAGAAGAUAAGCUAGGUAUCAGAGGAUCUUCAACUUGUUCACUCAUGUUUGAAGACUGUGCAAUUCCUAAAGAAAAUAUAUUGGGGGAGCCAGGAUUUGGCUUUAAAAUAGCUAUGAUGACCUUAGAUGCAGGAAGAAUUGGUAUCGCAUCACAAGCAUUGGGUAUAGCGCAGGCGUCUCUAGAUGUAGCUGUGGAAUAUGCAUCUAAGAGGAUGGCAUUUGGCAAACCAAUUAUGAAGUUACAGGCCAUACAGAAUAAACUUGCAGAUAUGGCCCUACAAUUAGAAUCAGCUAGGUUGUUAACUUGGAGAGCUGCCUGGUUGAAAGAUAAUAAAAAACCUUAUACGAAAGAGGCAGCUAUGGCAAAAUUAGCUGCAUCUGAAGCAGCAACAUUCACAUCACAUCAAUGCAUACAGAUUCUUGGUGGCAUGGGCUAUGUGUCUGAUAUGCCUGCGGAAAGACACUACCGAGAUGCUAGAAUCACUGAAAUAUAUGAAGGUACCUCAGAAAUCCAGAGGCUCGUUAUUGCAGGGCAGCUUAUUAAAGAAUAUGGAGUA